AUGUCCUGGCGAUUAGCAUUUCACUCCACAAAAUUACUCUUUUCCUAUCUUAUCCCUUACAAAGUCAAAAUCUUCCGUGACGCAAUUUUCAGUGGAAAUAUCGCAGUUAUUCGACAAUUAGCUGCUGAAAGACCACGAUUGUUGCAACAAUCGAUCGAUGCUGAUGGAAACACUGCGAUAGGCUUAUCGCUGAUGUUGGGUGAAGUUGACGUUGUUAAAACUUUACUUGAACUUGGUAGUGAUCCCAACCUAGCAAACUCUUUCGAUGGUAAUCAUCCACUGGUGAUCUUGGCCAAAUUACGUUCUGACGAGAAUUCGAAACUAGCAGUAUUCGCUGAUCUUUUACUUGAUGCUGGAUCAAAUCCAUUACAUGAAGUACAAUACCAAGCUGAUAGCGCAAAACGUCUCGAUGCUACACAGACACCGUCAUUUCAUGAAACGCCGUUGCUUUGUUGUGUUCGUUUUCAAAAUGAAGAACUAUUAAAAAAAUUCAUCGAACAUCAGAUUGAUGUCAAUGCUCUCAAUCCCGAGACCGGUACCAGUGCAUUAAUGUUAGCUGCGUCUCUUGGCUAUCGCAAUAUAUGUAAUAUAUUAAUUGAAUCUGGAGCUGAUAUCAAUGCGAAAGAUCAUUCAGGUAAUUCGCCCUUACAUCUAGCUGCACAAGGUUACGGCGAGCAAAUUCCUGUUGCUGAACUCUUACUUCAGCACGGUGCUGAUGUCAAUUCUAUCAAUGACGAUGGCUUUACACCAGCUGUACUCGCUCGGAAAAUGGAAAAGGAUGCUUGUUUUAGACUUCUGGAAUCAUAUGCAGAUAAAAAUCCACCAAAAGCAGCUCCACCACCACCCUAUGAGCACGUUGAUGAAAUUGAAUCGGAUGAAAAGCAGCCAGUUCCGUUUUCUUUUCAUUGA